UACUACAUUUAUGACUUUCGAGAGUUUUUGUAUAAAUGCAUCUGAAUUCUAUUGAAUGUUUCUACGGGCCAGAAGUUACGACAAUGGAUAAUCAGUACAUAAACGAGAACAAUGUUGAAAACAUAGAUGAAGAAACAAGUCCUCCGGUGAGUCCAAUCUCUCAGAGCCUACACAGUUCAAUCUUAUCAUUAAUCAUUUUCACUGUUUUUGAACUAGAGACACCGAUUACUGAGUUAGAAAUUGUAGGAUUAUUCCAGCAUAUGCUACCCCUAAAUAUUCGUCUUUCUUCAACAAUGGAGAGAAAUAAUAAAGGUGUUUUAAGAUGGAAAAAAGUCGUUACUCGAGUCGAAGAUCAUUUGAUUGUCCCGACAUUCCCUCUAGGUUUAGCAAGAGAAACCUAUGAUGAAUACCUGAGAGAAUACUUAUCAAAAAUUGGUUGUGUGAAUUUUUCAGAAGAUAAACCAUUAUGGGAACUUCAUUUGGUCAAGUACCCUAGUUUGAAUGGAGAGUGCAGUUUAAUCUUUAAGGCUAGUCAUGCAAUUGGUGAUGGUUAUUCGCUUGUAAGUUUGUUUUGUAAUAUUUUCCAAAGAGCUGAUCAUCCUUCACUUCCUUUUACUUUUCCGCAAAUGUCGUUCAAGAAACAAGGUGAUGGUAAGCGAACCGUAAUAGGGCUGGGGAACAAAAUGUUGGGAUUUAUGCGUAAGUGUGUCAACACAAUUUCCGAUCUCAUGGAGAGUUCACUGAGGGCAACAUUUUUAGAAGAUCGGCGAUCUGCAAUACGUUCAGAGGCAUGGACAAAUAUGAAGAUUGAGUUAUUUAGACCUUUUGACAUCUACUCGGUAACAUUAUCACUAAAAAGAGUCAAGCAAGUUAAAACCAAGCUUGGAGCGACUGUAAAUGAUGUGAUCACUGGACUGCUAUCGUAUAUUAUUCACUUGUACACACUGAGGAAAACAAUGGUGGAUCACAAUGUUGGAGAUGGCUUGACGCCGGACUUUAUUAAUUGUGGCACAUAUACUAAGAUGACCUUGCUGGUCAUGUCCAACAUGAGAGUAUUUGACGGCUUUACCAACAUCGAAGAUAUGAUAAGAGCAGUCGCAUGGGGCAACCGAUCGCGAGCCAUGUUCGCGGAGUUACCGACUUUUAUCAGUGCUGAGAAAGUCAGCCCCGUUGAUUUCAUUAUCAAAGCAAAAGAAAUAAUGGACAGAAAGAAAAAUUCUAUGCUGUUUUACUUUAUUGAUAAAGUUCUAAAUAUUGCAUUCCGGAUUAAGGGUCAAAAGGGGAUGGAUGAAAUGAUAUAUUCAAGCUUUAGGAAUACGAGUACAUCCAUAUCGAGUGUAAUAGGCCCAAAAGAAAAAAUUGCUAUCUGUAAUCAGCCUGUAAAUAGUGUUUACUUCUUUGUGUCAGGUAUACCUCAGAGCUUAACGUUUACAUCAGUAAGCUGCAUGGAACAGUUGAAGCUUGUGGUAAAAAUGGAAAAGGGAUUUAUUGAUUCAAAACUUUUUGGUUCUUGUAUGGAUGAAGCCUUUGAUAAUAUUUUCCAAGCAGCUUUCGAAGACAACCAAGACAAAGACGACUAAUGAAAUUUUCAAGAAGAAAUCCAACUGCUGUAAUUGAAAAUUUGAAAUGCAUUGUAAUA